AUCGAGUCAGUUUUCCGAAAGUGAAAGUGUUUCUCAUCCUCGACUCCAUUUUAAUGAGCGGUUAGAAAAACACAAAGAUCUUUAACAGCAGUCAGAAGCGGUGAGAUUCAUGUCCAACAUCAAGCAGUGGUGAAGAAAAGUGGGAAUGUGAUUGAUUCCAGCAGAAGAGAUCGCCGUCUUCAGGACUCUGUGUGUACACGAGCAUUGAAAAAUGGAGAUCCCUGAUCAGGGCACAGAUCAUGUGACCUCACCCUCAAAAGACUGUAAGAGAAAGAGAAAGAGAUCACACUCACCAGUGCCCAGCUGUGUCUCCAUCAAGAGUGAUGCAUCUAUGGAACUUCCAUUGAGAUUUAGCACUGGAAUCUCCUCACCUGGACACAGUGUUCUACAGAAGGCAGGAGACAGAAGAGAGAAGAACAUCAUCACAGCUACAGGUAUCAGAUGCAGUGAAAUUACAGGGAGAAGGGGAGAAGCUCUGACCUCAGUGCUCAACUCAGAAACCUCCAGUCUGAGAGAACUGCAUCUGACGGUCAAUACACUGGAUCUGUCUGGGAAUAAUCUAGAAGACUCAGGAGUGAAGCGUCUCUCUGCUCUACUGGAGAAUCCUGAGUGUGAAGUGAAAGAUCUGAGGUUGUAUGAUUGUGGAGUAUCAGAUGAAGGCUGUGCUGCUCUCGCUUCAGCUCUGAGAUCAAACCCCUCACCCCUGAGAGAUCUGGAUCUGUCUCUAAAUAAAGUAGGAGACUCAGGAGUGAAGUGUCUCUCUGCUGUACUGGAGAAUCCUCACUGUAAACUGGAGAUACUGAGGUUGGCAUAUUGUGUUGUCUCAGAGGAAGGCUGUGCUGCUCUCGCUUCAGCUCUGAGAUCAAACCCCUCACACCUGAGAAAACUGAAUCUGUCUGGGAAUAAAGUAGGAGACUCAGGAGUGAAGUGUCUCUCUGAUCUGAAGGAUGAUGAACGUUACAGACUACAGACACUGAUAUUUUAAUGGUGAUGAACAAUUGUGUGUGAAGACUCCAGUGUUCCUGCAUUUCCGUGUCUGCAAACCGAGAACACGUUUAUCUACAGGAUCUGAGGAGUUGAUGUGAAAAAGCCC